AUGGAUCAAUGGCUCCGACCCGUCUUCGCAAGGACACGAACACCCGUUCAGUCCGCCCCCAGCAAUCAUUCUGACGAACCUCACGAAACCGACGACACUAUGAAAUCUAUCCGUCCCAGUUCGCGCGUUUCCUCUUAUAUCGGGUUUCGCUCGUCAACUUCGAAUCUUCAUGCACCUACUGGUGAUACCUUUACCUUUCAACAUGUCAAUAUUCCUGAAAAUGUAUACCAUAAACCUUCGGGAAGUCAGAUGGCCGAAACACUGAAAGUGAUUAUGAUGACGAGGAAUUUGAUGGAAUCGCUUCCCGUGGAGUAUAAUACGUGUAUUUUACAUGUUUUGGAGUCGUAUAAUGAUCUGCAGGAGAUGUUGGCUGUGAAGGAGGGGGAGAUUGAAGAGAUUAAGGGAAGACAUACAAAGGAUAUUAGGGAGUUUGAUAGUAUGGCUGAACAGUGGAAAGCGAAAGAAAAAGAUUAUCAGAAAGAGAUAAAGAAUCUUGAAGUUCUUCUUUCCAAGACAGAGGGAGGAAUGGAAAAUGUUACCAUGGCGCGCUCAAAAAGUGUUGUUCAUGGGACUAGAAGAGCUGCCGAUUUAUUCGAAGAUGGUAUGGAGAAAAUAAAGCAAAAUUUCGCGCGCUAUAGUUCUGGGAGAGGUUCUACUACCACAACUGAAUGGGAUAUCGAUCACGGACAACAGAGUACUUCUUCGCAUGCACUAGAAACUCCUACAAACGCAAGUGAGCUCUCUCAUGAGGAAGGAGAUCUACACCACGAAGAAACAGUCAAAUCUCGACGCAAAGAAAGUUCUUCAGUCCAAGAUACCGAAAGUUUUUACUCGGCAGUAGAUAAUCAAUCCACACGCUUGACAUCCGUGCAACUCGAUGCACUAGAAAGACAACAUGCUACCGAAGAACUCGGUGUCGUAUUCGACUCAUCAUCGGAGUCAGAUGACACCAGUUCCCGCUCUGCUUUCACCGAAGGUCAAGCCGGCACUCCCAGUCGCACUCCCAAAAUAUCCGGUAUUCGCAAUAGCGGUAAAGAAAAACCUCUACCCGACAUCCCGAGCAAACAUCAAGAAAUGGAUCCUUUCUUACCAGGUGUAACAACCAGCACACGACCAUGGGUCGAACCGCAAGACGACGGAGAAGUAUCUUCAUCCAUCGAAUCCCGAAAGGGAUUUUCGUUUAGAACAGGUGAUGAUACACCAUCUUUGCUGCACAAAUCCUCAAAAGAUAUUCUGCGAAAAAGUAAUUCCGUCUCGGUGCCUGCGAGCCGAUUGAGUUAUGUGAUGAAUAAUGAAGAUGAGUUUGUGUCUUUACCCAGACAUCCUAUCGCGCAUGCGAAUGCGCAAUUGAAAGUAAGUCCGAAAACAAGGAAUACGGGAUCGAAACAAAUUGUGAGUACAUCACCGGGAAAAGAAACUUAUGCGACGGGUUUGAGACAGCAGUUGGGAAUUGGAAGGGGAUUGGGUAAGAGUAUUGAGAGGGGGGAUUCAAGUAGUAGUAUUGUGACGGCUGUGAGGGAUAAUUCGGGGAGGAGUGAGAAGGGGAGACCGGUGAGGGGGGAUGCAGGGGGAAAGGGGAAUGCGAGUGCUGGGAAACAGAAACAGAGUCAGGGAACGGCGGUUAUGGCUGCCGUAAGAGCGAUAGCAGCGAGUAAUAAACAGGCUACGGCUAAUGAUAGGAUUCAAGCUCAUGCGAAUGAAUUUGAUAGGAAGGAUAUUGAUAGGAGAGAAGGGGUGCCUUUUAGCCCCGAAAGAAGUCCCACGGGAUCGCAAGUCGGUGGUGGCGGUGGUAGAGAGUGA